AUGCGUGAGAAGCUGGAUAGACUGGCCAGGCAGAAUGAAACGCUGGAGAAGGAACGAAAGGACCAUCUGAUUUUGAAUCAGGAAUUGCAAGUCCAAGAUGAGAUGGAAUGGCAAAUCAACAAAUCGAAAGAUGAGGUAGGAGAGCUUAAUAAGAAAGAUAUAGAAAAGAAGGACGAUAAUGAUCAGCUUUCGAUUGAAAAAACUGUCCAUACUCCGAAGGACAAAGUCGGAUGUGUAGAGAAAGACAGUAAGAACAUGGGUGAAAAAUCCCAAGAACAGGGUCCUUCUGAUGCCGCUGAACUGCAGCGGAUCAUAGAUAAACAAGCUGAUCAAAUCCAACGUCUGAGGAAGAAGGUCCUGGAGAUGGAAGAGGAGAGACGACAGUGUGAGGCCGAUUUCCAGGGUUGGGAAAGAACAGCCUACACGGUCGGGAAGGAGAACUCGGAGUUGAAGGUCAUCUUGGAGGACCUCAGUCGAAAAAAGCGACUUUUCGAAGAAGGUAAUAAGGACCUAAAAGAAGAAGUCAAAGAGCUCAAGAGAAAACUAGACGAAAACAGAAUGAACGUAAUGAAGAAGGAAAAAGAGAUCAGGUCCACUUUAGAGGAAAUUAAGAAUAUUAGGAGACAGCUUACUGAAGAAUUGACAGUCUGCAAUCAGAUAAGGAAUGAAAAGGAGUUGAUGGCCCUCCACAUUAAAAAACUUGAAUGCGAGAAUGCAGAUUAUAUGAAAGACGUGGCCUAUUUUAAGGAAUGGUUUGAGAAGGACUACACAGAUCACUGUGAGGAUGUGGAAAUUUGCCUGGAAAAGUUCUUGGAAGUUUCAGACAGGCAGCAGUUGCUCCUGAAGGAGAAAUUACAAAUAAUGAGAAAGACAAGAGACUCCGAUGAAGUGGAAGUUAACGAAUGGCGAGUCUCCCCAAACUCGUCAGACUGA